AUGGGCGGACCUGUAUGGGUGCCACCAGUGGCACGUGCCACCGUAUUAUUUCGCCACCGAAGGCGAAAAGCUUCAUCAUCAACCGGUAAUAAUGAUGCAUCCAAUUCCAACAAUGUGAUUGAUGUUAACGAUCUUCCUUGGGAUCCAUCAGAGAGACCCAAAAUUAUAAGUUAUAAUCCAAAUCAAAGAGACGAAAUUAGACAGAAAUACUUGGUAGGAGGACAAGGUUAUGACGGUGCUAGCAACAUGAGUGGUAAGUUCAAUGGGUUGAAAGCUUUGAUCUUGAGUGAUAAUGACUCGGCAUUUUAUAUACAUUGUUUUGCCCAUCAACUUCAAUUAGUAGUUAUGGCGGUUGCAAAAAAACACGAAGGUGUUAAAGACUUCUUUGAUUUGCUUGCUUUGGUUGUUACUGUUGUAAACUCUUCUUGCAAACGAAAAGAUAUGCUACGAAAAAGUCACAAAGAGAGAAUUCAAGAAGAAAUUGGAAAUGGGGAGAUUGAGACUAGUAAAGGGUUAAACCAAGAGAUUUCCCUUGUUCGAGCUGGAGAUACACGAUGGAAUUCUCAUCUUAAAACAAUCGUGAGUUUGAUUGCUUUGUUUCCAGAGGUCAUACAGGUGCUUGAAUAUGUCGAAGAUGAUGGUGAUAAUGGAGCUAGUCGGCUUCAAGCAAUAGGUCUUUUAUCAUACUUAAAGACAUUUGAAUUUGUGUUUUAUAUGCACUUGAAUUCAACGAUCUUAGGAUUAACAAAUUUAUUGUCUCAAGCUCUUCAAAGGAAAGAUGAAGACAUCUUGGAAGCUAUUGAUUUGAUAGGAACAACCAAAGGUCAAUUACAAAUGUUGAGGGAAAAUGGGUUUGAUCAAGUUUUGGAGAAAUGCUACUCUUUUUGUGAUAAACAUAAGAUUGUGAAGUUGGAUAUGGCUGAAACUUAUGUUAAUACAAGAAAUUCAAGGAAAAAGACGAACAUUACCAAUCAACAUUAUUAUAACUAUGAUAUAUUCAACACUGUUUUGGAUAUGCAGAUCCGAGAGUUUGGUGAUCGUUUUGGUGAGAUAAGCACCGACUUGCUUCAAAAUAUGGCGGCUUUGAAUCCACGCAAUUCGUUUUCUCAGUUUAACAAAUCAAGCCUAUUGAAGUUGAGUCAGAUAUUUGCCAACUUAAACGGUAUUGCCGACCUCGCCAGAUUAAUGGUUGCAACAAGAAAGCAUCUUUCUCAUCCUUUAGUCUACCGGUUAUUGAAACUGACACUGGUUUUGCCUGUUGCAACURCUACGGUUGAAAGAURMUUUUCGRCRAUGAAGCUUGUCAAGACAGAUUUACGUAAUCGAAUUGGUGAUGAUUUUUUGAAUUAUGCCCUCAUUUGCGCCAUAGAAAAGGAAGCCCUUAGUAAUGUUAAAAACGAAGAUGGUAGCGGAGAGGACAGCCUGCCGGAGAGGGCAGCGGCUGCCGGAGAGGGCAGCGGCUGCCGGAGAGGGCAGCGGCUGCCGGAGAGGGCGACGAUGGCGAUUGAAAGGCAGCUGCUGUCGGAGACGAUUGAAGGAAGAUGGAGAGGCAGAAUUGUGACUGAGGUAGGAGACGUGAAGGCAUAA